UUGCAGUGUCCCAGGGAAACGUAAACAAAGGAAUAAUUCUCUCCUUCUUGCAAAAGAAAUUGCAUUUUACAUAGCUUCUCUAACUAGUUAUCGCAGAAUAAAACAGUGUGGAGUGCUGUGAGAACACAUUACAGGAGAAAAUGAGGGUGAACUCGGAUCAUAGAUCUAACAUCUCCAGCUGACUAUGAAAUACAGCUUCCCUGUCUUCCGGACAUUAGUCAAUUUAGCUGAUUUUACACAAUGGAGGGAUCCUCAAGAGAGUAUUCCGGGUCAAUCAACAGCCAAAAUGCUCAUGUGAUAAUCAGCCAAGGACCGCGUGAAGAUGUUGAUGAAAACACUCCAUUGCUUUCCUCACCUCGAACCUCAUCAAAGAGCUUCCUGGAGUUCUGCAUCUUUUUCGUCAUCUUCAUUUGCGGGCUUGGUAUUGGAAUAUAUCUGCUUAUAGUUGAAGGUCAGGAGAGACCCACAAAUUUCCCUUUCGAUCUCAUCGGGAGGUCAGAAUGGGGCGCUUCGGGAGAGGCUCGGGGGGAGCCAUUAAAUCAUCGAAUGGUGGAUCACGUUUUAGUAUUCCACACGCGCGGAAAUCGCUGUGCUGACGUCAAGCAAUGCGCCAAAGUCAUGAGAUCUCUGCAGGAAAGUUACCGUGGCCGCAAUUUGUCAGAUGUGCCGCACAAUUUCCUUAUAAGCGAUGCUGGACGGACGUAUGAAGCCCAAGGAUGGGCGCUUCAGGGCGAGUUUGAGGGACUGAAGGAGCGAAGAGUCUCUCUGGCUGUUGGAUUUCUCGGGAAUUUCACGCUUCAAUCGCCGACAGGACAUCAAUUGGACGAAACCCGAGCGUUCAUCAAUGAGGCUAUUCGCAGAGGUAAGUUGCAUCGAGAUUAUGGGGUGUUUGUAGUGAGGAACAAGACGGAAAGCGUGCGUGAUGCUGAAGCGCUCAUUAACGCUCUAAAGUAUUGGUCAAGCUGGAGACAAGUGAUUGAAUACUCGUGAAAUCCCUUCUCGUAUCUCUUGUCUUUUUGUGUAUUUUAUUUAUCUCACGUUCUUCGUACAAAGGAUUCGUCUAUGUUCCCUUUUUAAAUUACAAAUUAUAAAAAAUGAUACAAACAUAAUGAUAAGAGAAAUAUAGAGAAGAGAAAGAAAGAGAUUCUGAGUGUUUUACAUAUUAAAGAUGCCACUACGAAGUGUUUUAUUGGAUUCUAUAGAGUGCUUCGGUGAUCGCAUAUUGAUCAACAUUUUCAUAUUUGCUUUGCUAUAAUUUCUUUUAUACUUGGUAAGAAAAUUUAUUCAGUGAGACGAUAAAAUAAAUCUUGAGAAGUGCAGUCAUGUUUUUUCUGCCACAGAGAUUUAUAAUCUUGCUUUCACAACAAUGUUUCUUAAGUCAUAAAUAUAAUUCACCGUCUACAACGUCCUUAUUCUAAAUGUUAGUGAA